UGGUUUUCUUCACGAUACGAGCGGCGUGGCGAGGUUGCAGACGUGGGAAUCGGCUUUGUGCUGUGCAUUAUCAGUAAAAGUGUGUGUUCUGUUAGGAUUAUACGUUUUUGAUUUUUCUUGUUUUAUUAUUGGAUUAUCUGAAGUUUAUAUGAAAGGAGAUUAAUUAUGAGGGACGGAAAAGCCCCACCCUUACUCGGGGUGGUGGCAGCGACAUUAUUGGUGAUGGUGGUUCCCGGAGGGCGGACACAGCUGUCCACAUUAUUGUCCAGCGACAAUUUUGUGUUCACCCAGCAGUCAUACAAUGGCACCAUCUACGAGAACACGUUUGGCAAAGUCUAUAUUCAGACUCCCCAAAGGAUGGGCGUAUUGAUUGGGUACCCCUCCUCCCUUGACAUGGAAUAUGCCAUUGUCGAUGGUGAUCCCAACAAUGUUUUCAAAGCAGAGACACAGACGGUGAAAGACUUUUGCUUCCUUCGCAUCCGAACUCAGACCGCGAAUUACGGAGCCCUCAACAGAGAGCUCAACUCUGAAUUUCGUCUUAAAGUGAAAGCACGAGGCGCCUACCCAGGGGACGUUACUCUCGAGACCACCGCAGACGUCGUGGUGACAGUCUUAGACCAAAAUGAGUUCAGUCCCUUGUUCUCCAACCUUCCUUACGAGGUGACAGUCCCAGAGGACUUACCAAUGUUUAGCAGCGUAUACCAGGUUAAGGCUUCGGACGCAGAUGUAGGCAUUAAUGGGGAGAUCUAUUACAGCCUGGAAAAGGAGACAUACAUGUUUGCCGUCCAUCCUACCACGGGGGUGGUCUCCUUGACUCGGCCGCUCAAACGUGACACGAAACCUUCUUACGAACUAGACGUCGUGGCCGAAGACCGCGGGCCUUCCUCUCUAGGAAAAGGCGUAUCUCCGAACAGCAAGGCCACGCUAACCAUCAAUGUCACGCCCGUGAAUUUUAGCCCCCCAACCAUCAAAGUCCAGAAUCACCAAAGCCUCGUAGAGCAUGGGAACGACGGCACCCUUUUCGCCGUGCUGACCAUCACAGACGAGGACCAGACCACCAAAGAAGCCAUCAGCAGCGUGACCAUCACGAACGAUCCCAGGAACAUUUUCAGGGUCGUCUCCCAGAGCGCGAACGACAAAUACAACAUCAUUGUGACCUCGCCGAUAGACCGCGAAACUCUGCCGGAGAGCUACAACAUUACCGUGGUCGCUGUCGACAACGGGACCCCGAAGAAAUCAUCAACAGUUGUAAUUCCGGUCAGUGUCCAGGACAUCAAUGACAACGAGCCCGUGUUCGACCAAAAUGUUUACUACGCAGAAGUGUCCGAAGCCGUUCCGGUUCAGACCCCCAUUUUGUUUGUUAGGGCCACGGACAGGGACCUGGGAUCUAACAGCGAUGUCCGUUAUAGCAUUGUUGACGGGAAUAAGAAGGAAAUUUUUACCAUCGAUCCCGUUUCCGGCCUGAUUCGGACAGCUAAAGACCUUGACGCCGAGGUGGACCCAAGACUGACCUUAGUGGUUCAGGCUCAGGAUCAAGCCAAUAGUGGCACGAGGCUCACUGGACAGGCUAGGGUCAUCGUCAUCCUAAAAGACUACAACGACAAUGCACCCGACUUCAACAUGCCGCACGAUUCCGUCACUGUUUUGGAAAACCUUCCCAGGGGUUCUCGUGUCACAACCGUUAGAGCAUCCGACGAGGAUGGUGGCGACAACGGCAAACUAAGCUUCAGCCUCGUGAACUACAGGAGUGUGCCGUUUGAGAUCAACUCCUUCACUGGCGAGGUGCUGACCAAGGAAGUGCUGGACUACGAGACUAUGAAACGCAGCUACCAACUUCACGUUCGGGUCUCGGACUGGGGCACGCCCUUUAAAAGAGAAGAGGACAUGCUUCUGAACGUCCGCGUCAUUGACGCCAACGACAACAGUCCAGAAUUUGUCACGUCCAGGUGUACGGGAUACCUGUCCAAAGAGUCGCCCCGAAAGAUGGACGUGAUUAACCUGACGGCUAUCGACCUUGAUUUGGGCAACUCCGUUACCUACAGCAUAACAGAGGGCAACGAGGACGACUGCUUUAGCAUUGUGCCCUCCUCCGGGACGAUCGUGGUCAACUGCGACAUGUCCAGCUACCGAGAAGAAAGACGCACCUUACAAGUAGUGGCCAGUGACGGUCAGCAUGUUUCUAUCCCAGCGGUAGUGGAGCUGACCAUUCAAAACAGAAACUCCGGCCAGUCGGCGGCUAACGCAAGGGUCAGCUGCCAGAGUUCGGACGCUAGAGCUCGGCUCGAGCACCAGGUGAGAUUGUCCCAACUGGCCAACAAAGAAGACGCUCCUGUGGUUUUGAACCGCAACAAUGCCCGCAAGAAUAACCCACCUGUGAUUCUCAACCACUCUCCACCAUAUGUCGAAGUGUCCGAAAACGCGGCUGUAGGAACGGAAAUCUUUGACUUUGCCCAGAGCGUUACAGACUACGAUCACGGGUAUGAUGGUCUUCUGAAAUACGUCAUAUCGUCCGGUGAUGACUUCAGGGGGUCGUUUAAGCUGGACACGUUCACAGGGAAACUUCUUGUCCUGUCCAGUUUAGAUUACGAGGUCAAAUCCGAGUACUCUCUGACACUGUCCGCCAUUGACUUUGGCCAGCCAGCAGAGGCUGUGUUCAGAGAGCUAAGAGUGAUUGUCAAGGACGAAAAUGACAACGCUCCGUCAUUCGAAAAACCUCUUUACAGCAAAACCAUCUUUGAAAAUGCUCCCGUCAACACUUCCGUUAUACAGGUGAAGGCCGUUGACCUCGAUUCCGGGGUCAACGCCGAAGUGCGCUACUCGAUAUUAUCGGACGACAGCGACUUCUACAUCGAUCCUAUCGAUGGGUUUGUCAAGGUCAAGCGGUCGUUGGACCGCGAGAGAAGCUCGUUCCAGGUACUGAUCGUCCAGGCCCAAGACAUGGGGGUGCGUAAGAAACUGAGCUCUAUCGUGGCUGUCAAUAUCACCAUCGGUGAUAUCAACGACAACGCCCCUGUAUUCCACCCCGAACGCUACCAUAUCCGGCUACGGGAAGACCUACCCGUGGGGACCAUGGUGACGACACUCACAGCCCUAGACCCCGACGAGGGCGACAACGGGCGAGUCACUUACUCGUUUGCCCACGGGAUGGACUACAACUUCGACAUUGACCCGGCCACGGGCACCAUUCGCGUCCAGCGCCCUUUGGAUUACGAGAAGAAGCAGACGUACACCUUGACCGGAGUAGCCCAAGACAGCGGUCAGCCUUCGCUGACCUCCACCUGCACCAUCGACAUAGAGGUCAUGGACAUCAACGAGAACCUUCACGCGCCAGUGUUUCCAGACUUCAUCGCACGCGGCUCGGUAUACGAAAACCAGCCAAUCGGAUCUUACGUCAUCAAUGUCCAAGCCACGGAUAUGGAUGACCCAAGCGGUGGCGUCGGUCAAAUAUUUUACACAAUUCAAGAAGGCACUGGACUAGGGAGGUUUACUAUUGACGUUAAUGGUACCAUCAGAACCAGCCAGGUUCUGGACAGAGAGACAACUCCUCACUUUUGGUUGACGAUUCUGGCACAAGACCGCGCCAUGGUGCCCAAAUUCGCUCGGCUGGAGGUUCUGAUCGAGGUGUUGGACGUGAAUGACAACAUCCCCCAGAGCGUGGAACCCGCUUACUACGCCUCUGUAGAGGAGAACAGCUCCGUGAAACAAAAGGUUGUCCAGAUACAGACCACGGACGGCGAUGACCAUUCUCAGGGUCCAACUUUUGCUAUUACCAGCGGAAACUCACAAAAUUUGUUUGAGAUUGACCCUCUUACAGGAGUCAUCAGCACGACCAAUAGGACCAAUCGCUCACUGGACAGAGAAAAACAAGACGAGCAUGCCUUGGAGGUGACUAUCACUGAUCGAGGGGUGCCGCCUCUGUCUUCCACCACCCGAGUCGUCAUCAAGGUCAUGGACGUCAACGACAACCGGCCAGACUUCCUCAACCGGCACCAGUCCAACUUCAUCAACGUCUUCGCCACCCGGCACACGGGCGACGACAUCUUCGUGUACCGCGCCCUGGCCUACGACAGGGACGAAGGGAGGAACGCCAACCUCAGCUACUCCCUGGUCAACUACAAGGAUUCCCAAUUCAGGAUCGAAAAGGAGACGGGCAAGAUUUACUCCUUGAAGGACCUCAAGGUCGACGAUUCGUUUGAGCUCACUGUGAGAGCCAAUGACAAUGGAUUACAGCCCAAGAGGUCCAUCAUGAGACUGACCAUCGAGGUCGUGCCAAGGAGAACGGGGUCCCGCCAGAAGGCCCGCUUCAGCCAGCCGGUGUACCUGGAGAACAUCACAGAGUCGGACAUGCCCGGACGUCUUAUCCUGGUCCUCUCGGCGGACAUUGAUGACGUGAAGCUCAGCUACUCCAUAGAAGCUGGCAACGAGGACGACAAGUUCACCAUCCAGCCUGACCAUGGGUCAAUCUUCCUGGCCGAGUCUGUGGACUGGGAGAAGAAAAAGAUGUAUAACUUGACAGUGGCUGUCACGGAUGGACUCAACACUGACCAGGCUUACGUUGUUAUCUACGUCAUUGACACUAAUGACAACGAGCCAGUUUUCUCCCAAAAGCUCUAUCAAACCAGCGUGUCAGAGAGUGCUGACCAGGGGACAGUCAUAUUGAAAGUGGUGGCCUCAGACCUGGACAGCAACAGCAGGUUGAUCUACUCCAUAACAUCGUCAGCAGCUAACAGCAGCCUAAACAAGUUCACCAUCGGAGAGAUGGAUGGUGUGAUAGUGCUGGCUGAGUCUCUAGAUCGAGAAGAUCUGGCUCGUCACCUCCUGACCAUCAUGGUCCGAGACCAAGGGAUACCAUCCAAGAGGAGCUUUGCCAGGGUGGAGAUCAACGUUCUGGACAACAAUGAUCACGCGCCUCGCUUUUUGUCCGAUGUGACCAGGGGUCAAGUGUAUGAGUCCGCUGGCAUAGGUACAUCGGUGGUGCAAGUGAUAGCAGUGGACAAUGAUAAAGGACCCAAUGCUGAGCUGACCUAUGCUAUUCUCUCAGGCAAUGCAGACAACACUUUUGCUAUAAAUGACCAUCUUGGGAUUAUAUCUGUGGCCAAAGAGCUUGACCGCAGGAUACAUUCUACUUAUGAGAUGAUCAUCUCUGCAGCUGACCACGGUGAGCCUGCAUUGACCAGCAGCACUAAGGUUGUCAUCAGUGUCACAGUAUCUACCAACUCACCUCCAAGGUUCUCUAUGAAGGAGUAUGCUGUUGAGCUGCAGGAGAAUCGUCCGAGUGGUACAGUGGUAACUUCGCUGGUGGCUGACAGUUUGUCCACUGUGGUGUAUACCAUUAUAGAUGGAAAUGAGGAUGGUUGCUUUAAUAUCAACCCCAAUUCCGGAGUCGUAUUCACCACCAAACCUAUCGACUAUGAAUUGAUCCGUUUUUUCAAUCUGACCAUCAGCGCCACUAACAUUGUGUCAGCUACCCAGACUGUCAAUGUCAUCGUGCACAUUCUGGAUGUCAAUGACAACGCCCCAGUUUUUCUUCAACCUAUUUACUUUGGUAACGUAAGCGAGUCUGCCUUGAUCGGCACCAUGGUGUUGAACUCUGCGCGAACACCGCUUGUUGUCCAGGCUACUGACGCAGAUUCCAACAACAACGCCAGACUGUAUUAUGAGAUCCUAGACACAGAGGCACGGCAGUAUUUUGCGAUAGACUCCAACACUGGAGCCAUACGUACAAAGUUGUCACUGGAUUAUGAAGCUAAGCCACUGUUCAACUUCUCUGUCCAUGUCAAAGAUUUAGGAAAUCCUCAGCUCAAAGCUUUCCGGACCGCGAAUGUCGUCGUCUUUGUGCAGGACGUCAAUGACAACAUGCCAAAGUUUACUCAGCCGUCCUACCAGGCCCUUGUUGUUCUCCCCACCUACCACGAUGUCUCUGUCAUCACGGUCGAGGCAAAAGAUGCAGAUACUGUCUUCGACAAGCCUUUGAGCUAUAGCAUUGUGGCCGGCAAUGAGGAUGGAGAUUUUGACCUGGACUCCAAGAAAGGUGUGAUAAGUAUUAAACGGGAGACUUUGUCCAGAAAUGGCUAUGAGAUGACCAUUCAGGCUAGCGAUGGUAAAUUUGACACACCUGUCAAGGUGACCAUUAAUGUCCAGAAGGCUGAGGCUUCAACUCUCAAGUUUACUAGUGAAAGGUACACAGCUAAUGUGGUUGAGAACAACCAUAAACAAGAACAGUUGGUUGUCAUCCAACCUGUCGGCCUGGAGGUGAACAGACAUUUGACCUUCACCCUACUCAACAAUAUUGACCAUUUUUCUAUUGGUCAGACCUCUGGAGUACUGUCCACCACAGGACUAGAGUUUGAUAGGGAGAAGAAAGAUAAUUACACAGUUGUUAUCAAGGUACAAGAUACCAAAUCUAAAGAACUCUCGGCUCACGUGGUUGUUUUGGUGACUGUGCUGGACGAGAAUGACAACCCUCCGAUGUUUGUCAACCAGCCGUAUCACUGCACAGUCUCUGGUGAUGCUAAAGAUGGAGAGGUGAUCCAAGUGGUGAGAGCAGUGGAUCCAGACAUUGGCAAGAAUGGUGAGCUGUGGUACAUGUUGGCUGACUCUUACAAAGACAAGUUUGCCAUCAACCCGUACACUAGGGAGAUAGUGGUGAAAAACUUGGAGCCGGAGGACCAUAACAAGGAGAUAACUCUCAAAGUCAUUGCUGAGGAUAAAGGGUCUCCAUCACUGACUGCCGUAGCAGCUGUCCAUGUUCACAUCAUCGACAGCUCAAGCCCUCUGUUUGAGCAGCAAUCUUAUCAAGCCAGCAUACAAGAAAACGCUGCCCCACACACAGCUGUCAUAGCGGUGAAGGCCAUCUCUCCCCACGGGCAGAAGCUAAUCUACUCAAUCAGCAGGGGCGACACUUAUGCAGAUUUCGCUUUAGAUUUCAACACUGACAUGGAAGCUCUUGGUCCAUGCUACUUGUCAGUGGUUGGUCACUUGGAUUAUGAAGAAACCAAAAGCUACGCCUUGACUAUACGAGCCACGGAUGUAUUUAGUGGGAACUAUGCUGAAGCUACAGUCAAUAUCAAAGUGGAGGAUGUGAAUGAUAAUGCUCCGAUUUUCGGAAGCUUGACAUAUACUCACACAGUUUCCGAAUCAGCCAUUAUCGGUAGCCGGAUACUAACUGUCAAUGCCACUGAUGCUGACACAGGAGCUAACUCUGCCAUCUAUUUUGAUUUGGCCCCAGCACUGCCAGGCAGUAAAGACGUUGAGCACUUCUUGAUAAACCCAGAAACUGGAGAUAUCUCACUCAGGAAACAUCUAGACCAUGAAAAUCAGAAGGAAUACCUGGCAUUACUUGUAGCUAGAGAUAAUGGAAUACCAGUACUCAGUGCCACAGCACUUCUAACUAUAAAGGUGUUAGAUCUGAAUGACAACCCCCCAGCAUUUACACAGCAAUCUUAUGACUGCUUCAUCAGUGAGUCAGCUACGAGGGGACAGCUGGUUUUUAAAGUUGUCGCCCUUGACCCUGACGAAACAGAUGCAGAGAAGCUCUUCUACAGCAUCGUUGACGGUAACGAGAAGCAUACUUUUAACAUCAACCCCAGCACUGGAGUUAUCUCCUUGACCGAGCAACGGCUGUCUCUGCUGGACACAUCGUACACCUUGAAUGUGUCCGUGACUGACAAUGUUUACACCAGUUUCACCAAGGUUACCAUUGUUGUACGUAACAUCAACCGCUACGCUCCUGUGUUCACCGCUGAUGUGUAUAAAGGUCAGGUGUCUGAACUGCAAAGCGCUGGCACACAUGUGCUUGCUGUGACAGCCACUGACAGGGACAGGGGAAACUAUGGCUUAUUGAUCUACUCUAUGCUCAAUGAUGAGAUGGCUAAACUUUUUCUGAUUGACGCAGACACAGGUGAUAUCUCCACCAGAAAAAAAUUGGACCGUGAAGAAAAAAGUGAGUACAGCUUUACAGUGGCGGCCACAGACAAUGGGGGGAGGAUGGCUUUUGCUGAGAUAGUCAUCACUAUUACAGAUGAAAAUGAUAACAUCCCACAAUUCACCAUGGAGGCGUACAAGUCUAACAUUCACUUCAAUGCUUCAAUUGGAACUUCUGUUCUCACUGUCCAAGCAGAAGAUCUUGAUGAAGGGGACAAUGGCAAAGUGUUUUACUCUCUGGUGGCAGGAGAUGAUUCUCUGGUCGACAAAUAUUUUAAUGUGAAUGUGCUGACCGGUGUGAUAGCCACUAAAGUUUCUUUACUUGAUGCAGAAAACAAAGUGUUUCAGUUCUUUGUGAAAGCUUCAGACCAAGGGCAGCCUACUCUGGAAAGUCAAGUUGCCGUGGAGAUUCUAAUCAUGGGCAAAGAGGACAUGCCGCCAAGAUUCUCUGAUGCCAUUAACAUGCAGUUGGUCAGUGAACAAACCAAGGUUGGCUCUAUCAUCACUACGGUGAAAGCCAGGAGUGAUGUUCCUGUUACAUAUUCUGUGGUCCCUGGCUACACCACCAGCACCAAUAGACCAGAGACAUUCAACAUUGACAGUCUAGGUAACCUGCGUCUGACCAGAGAACUGGACAUGGAGACGACACCUGUAUUCAAGCUGUCAGUCUUGGCUGAAACCAAGACCUCACCACCUCUAGUGGACUAUUUGGAGUUGACAAUCAAGGUGCAAGAUAUAAAUGACAAUUACCCAGAAUUCACCUGUAAUCCAUACUUGGCUACUGUGCCAGAAAAUGCAGAGCCACAGCACUCCAUCAUCCAGAUACAGGCCACAGACAGGGACUCAGACAAAAGACCCCUCAAAUAUUUCUUUGGGCCCAGCAUGGGAAACAUGGCUAGCAUCUUCUCCAUUGACCCUGAGACAGGAUGGAUUGUCCUUUUAACCCAGUUGGACAGGGAGACCAGGGACCAGUACAACCUUACUGUUAUCGUGUCAGACAACCCACCCCAGAACAUCCUGAGGAAAACUAGCGAUCAAGUGUCACUGACCUCCACGACCAGUGUGGUCAUCACAGUCGCAGACUUCAAUGACAGCCCACCAAAGUUUGAGCGAGACAGUUAUAUCACCGCAGUUAAUGAGGGGGCACUUCGUGGAACAAUACUGGUCACUCUGAUAACAAAAGAUGCUGACAAGGGCAGUAACUCUGAUGUAGCUUAUUUCAUUUCUGAUGGAGAUCAGCUGGGCCAAUUUGCGAUUCAUAGGUCUGGGGAAUUGUUUGUCAACAAAGAACUGGAUAGAGAAAUGAUGGCUCACUACACACUCACUGUGGCUGCCACUGAUGGUGCUUUUGUCAGUUUUACGCUUGUCAAGGUGGAUGUCCUGGAUGACAACGACAAUGCUCCAACCUGUGACCAACCUGUACAUGCCAUUGUUAUCAAUGAGAGUGUUGUCGUUGGUACGCCCAUCACUCACAUAAGAGUUAAAGACGCAGAUGAAGAAGGUUCAAUGAACGCCAAGAUUGCCUUUAGUUUAGUUGGAACUGGCGCUGAGCUUUUCACCAUGAACAGGGACACAGGUUUUAUACAUACUGCGGCCCUUCUGGACCGAGAGAGCCAACCCAAUUUCCAGCUGACUGCUGUGGCUACAGACGGAGGUGGACUGAGCUGCACAACAUCAGUGCUGGUCACUCUGAGAGACAGCAAUGACAAUGUCCCAGUGUUUGGUGCUGGCUCUCUGAGAGAGUCCUACAGCAUCAGAGAGGACGCUAAAAUCCAGACAUUGUUGACUAGGGUUGUAGCACAGGAUGCUGAUAUAGGAAUCAACAGCCAGAUAAAGUAUCAACUCUCACCUGCUUCUACUGGAGUGUUUAACAUAGAUAGCGACACUGGUAUCAUCCGUCUAGUCGCUGACCUAGAUAGAGAAAGCAAUCCCUCCUAUAACCUGACUAUCGUAGCCUACAAUCCAAUUGCUCCAGAGCUGACAUCAGAGGCCACCAUCAUGGUGACAGUGCUAGAUGUCAAUGACAACCCACCAGAGUUUGAGCGCUCCAGCUAUUACACCACCAUUCCAGAGUCGGCUAAAGUUGGGACAAUUAUAGUUGGGGUCAAAGCCACAAGCCUGGAUGUAGGAAUCAAUGCUGAUAUCACCUACUCUAUCUUGGCAGGAAAUGAACAAGGAAAAUUUGCCAUUGACUCUAACAAAGGUGUUCUCACAGUGGCUGAGCCACUGGACCAUGAACUUUCCAGAGAAUACUUCAUCACAGUCAUAGCCACAGACCGGGGUACCCCUCCUCUGACCAACACUGCCAUUGUUGUCAUCAACAUCACAGACAUCAAUGACAAUGCUCCACGCUUCAGUCAGGAUGCCUACAGUGUCCAUGUGUUGGAGAGUGUAGCACCAGGCACAGAGAUAUUUAAGGUUGUGGCCACUGACAGCGACAGUCCACCAAACGCUGUCAUCACUUACAGCAUUGUGGAUGGCAACACAAAUAACCAGUUCCUGAUUGAUCCGAGAGAUGGAGUGAUUCAAGUGACCACAGCCCUGGACAGAGAAAAGAUUGGCAGCUAUUCUUUGGUCAUUCAAGCUCUUGAUUCUGGUCAACCUAUGCAAAUGAGCUCAGCAGUGGUCAGCAUUCUUGUGGAUGAUGCCAAUGAUAACCCACCUGUAUUUACUCAGGACUCCUACAGGGGACUUGUCCAGAAAAUCAAUUUAUUAGUUGAAGGACGUCGAACUGGCAUUGAGAUAGUGACUUUGAGUGUGCUAGAUGCUGACCUCCCUGAGAAUGGGCCUCCCUUUACCUUUGAAAUUAUGGAAGGGAAUGACAAUGGGGAGUUCCAUGUUGACAGUAAAGGGGUGAUAAGUACAGCUGGUCAACUAGUGAAGAAAGUCCAAGAAAAGUAUCAGCUGAAAGUACGAGCUUAUGACAACGGCAAGCCACCUCUUUCUUCUGACGUCAUUGUUGAAAUAGAAGUUGUUAAUGAUAGCCUCUAUCCGCCUGAAGUGAAAAAUUUGUCCAUCACAAUACGUUCAUGCAUGGAGAGUUUCCCCAGCGGGGUCAUAGGCAGAGUGGAGGCAAGGGACAGGGAUUCCUACGACAAAACAAUUUUCACCAUUGUUUCAGCAAACAGCCAUCUCUUCGACAUUCACCGCUUUGACGGCCGACUGAUUGCGACCACAAGCCUUGACCCGGGAGAGUACAUCGUCAACGUCAGCGUAUCUGAUGGGAAGUUUACCUCGUACGGCAGGGUGGAAGUCAUCGUUGUAUGUACCACUAAGGAAAUGCUGGACAGUGCUGUCACCAUACAGUUUGAGAACCUACCCGUGGAGCAGUUUUACGCCAACUUCAAGUUGGACUUUCAGCAGGUGGUCAAGCAAGAAUUGGACGUACGCAGCAAUGACGUGGAGAUCAUCAAUGUCCAGCCUUCGCUAGAAAGUGUUGCGGACAGGAAGUCCGUGCCCAAAGCUGGCCAGAGAAACAGGAGAAAUACCAACAACAACUUGGACGUUCUGUUUGCCGUCAGGAAGUCUGCGGACAAGUUUUUCUCCAAGAAAAAUCUGAAGAAAAAAAUGGAUAAAAUCAAGGGAAGAAUUGAAACUGCGCUAGGGGCUACUAUAGUGUCCAUUUUUACUGACCUGUGCGCCAAGAACUCAUGUCGCAUGGGCGACUGUGUGGGCAAAGUGCUGUUUGACAAGAGGACAUAUGAGCCAGUGAUGGUCAACGGGGCAAGUUACGUCUCAGCUAGGCAUUACUACAUAGAGCAGUGUGUCUGUCUUGAAGGAAAUUGCCCAGAACAAGUUUGUGGUGACAAGAUCUGUACUGCUAAUAAAGUUUGUCAGCGAGAUGCUUUUGGUGACUAUACAUGUCAGUGCCCUGAAGGACGAAUAGGAGAGUUGUGUGAGAAUGUUGUGCCCCUUUGUAGUGGAAGCAGUUGUCCUAUUGAGCGACCUAUGACCUUUGCUGGGCGGAGCUAUGCCAAAUGGAAGCUACUACACACCACCAAAAAACGUUUUUCUCUAAGCCUGAGAAUCCGGACACGGCAGACUACUGCAGUGUUGAUGCAUGCUAAAGGGAAGGUUGACUACAGUAUCUUGAAGAUUGAAAGAGGCAGCUUAGUGUACAGGUUUGACUGUGGCAGUGGAGAAGGACAAGUUCGAAUCCCUGUGGAUCUAAGUGAUGGCCAGUGGCACACAAUUCAACUGGAGAGAAACGGGAGAGAGGCUGAACUGUCCCUUGACUCAUCCUACACCGCUAUGGGAAUGUCUCCUGGGAUACACGCUAUCUUGAAUGUUGACUCGGAGGAGAUUCAUUUUGGGGCCAAGGUGGAUGUCUUCCCAAACGGCUACAAAGACAUCACUCAAGGAUUUGAGGGUUGUCUGGAAGACAUCAGAGUCUUCAACAUUGCACUUCCCUUCAGUGGCAGCAAUGAGAUGGGCCAGGCCGUGGAGUUUGAAGUGGUGGAGUUCCACUGUCAGGACUACCCUCCCCCAGCCACUGGUAAUGUGUGUAGCAGCAACCCUUGCCUAAAUGGUGGUCAGUGCAAGUUCUCUGGUCUCAACUCCUAUGUGUGUUUAUGCAGAGAACAGUUCAAAGGGUCAAAGUGUGAGCUGGACUCUGACCCCUGUUCGACCAAGCCUUGCAACAAUGGUGGUCGAUGUGAGAUAGAUACAGAGGCACCCAACAGCUACACCUGUCGAUGUAAGGACAAUCUACUGGGUGCCAGGUGCUCGUAUGGGAAAUACUGCUGGCCCAAUCCAUGUAAACAGGGAGGGACGUGUGUAGAGGGCCCCACUGCCCCACUUUGUGACUGUGCUGCAGGAUAUCAAGGUCUGUACUGUGACAAGUCCACCAACCCCUGCGACUCCAACCCCUGUCAGCAUGACUCAACUUGCCACAGUGAGCCAGGCAGUGGCUAUAUCUGUAAUUGUUCCGUUGGAUAUUCUGGCAGAAACUGUGAGCUCUAUGAGCCGCCCCUACUGUUACCAGAUAGCAUCACAGCUUCACCUUCAACUUUGAUCUUUGGGCUAGUCGGUACUGCUAUUGUUCUUCUGGUUGCCGUUGUCAUCAUCAUUGGUAUAUUACUGUGGCAGAGGCGCAAAAGACGGCGUCAUCGUAACAGACGAAGCCAUGGCUGUGGGAUGGCUGACAGCGGCAGCGACUGCCUUCUAAGCAACCUCCAGGACAAGAGAUGCAAGCUGAGCAACCCUGAGCUCUCCAAGGCCAUCCCAUCUCUUCCUUCUUUACCUCCAGCAGUCAAAGCUCAGACUUCUCAGCCGCCACCUGUCCCCACCAGGCCAGCAUCGUACACCCCAAGUACACAAGACUCUAUCAACUUCUUGAACAACCUGGACAGCAUAGGAAACUACGGAAGCGCUGGAGAUGAUUUAGAAAACACAGGAACUGGUGCUCGUCAGUUGCCAACUCUAGAACAGUACAUGGAAGCCUUCAAGAACCCCACCCACUCUAACCAAAUUCACCACAUGUUCAGGAGUACACCCCCGCCCUCCCUCAGAGCCUCAGAGACAGACUCGAUACAGAAGGCGCCCUGGGAGUUUGAGUAUCCCAACAUACUGGACAACUAUAUGGAAGCAACAGAUAAAAAACAAAAUGACAAAAUGGCUAAACAGAUGCCUGGACUUCAAUCUCCACAACCUUCCCCUGCCUUCAGUCAUUCCAGGUCUAAAGGCCAAGGUCAUGGCACGGAUGUCAGCUCGGUGAGCAGCUUCCAGAUUUCUGAGUCGGAAGAUGAUAUGAACGCUUGGAGAAGCAAAAGAAAAGCCACAGAAGUUGUAGAUCAUAGCUACCACUGGGACACAUCAGAUUGGGCGCCAGCAGCUACCAUGCCUAACAUCUCAGAACUACCUACUAAUGAAAUCCUUGACUCACCCUCCUCGUCACAGCCCAGCGACGACUGUAACGCCAAUGCUGACAACUGCGAUGACAAUGUGACCACAAGAGGCAUCUACAACGGAGACGAUGAGAGCCCGCUUCUAACCUCCGAGGAGCAGAGGCGGAACAAUUUCAACAUCAGCCACUUGGACGAGGACGAUGAUAACGUCAUUUCGACUCUGCCAGCGGAGGAGUAUUUUGAUGACUCAGAGUAUGUGGGAGACUCUGAGUAUGCUGAGAAUGAGCCCUACGAUACUGAUGAGCUCCCUCCAAGUUAUGCUGAACACCCGAACUACGAACAGUUUCUCCAAAACUUAGAUGAUAGCUACGAGCUUCCAUCUAGUUUAAACAUUCACCCUAACCACUAUCUGCCCAAUUAUAACUUCUCCCAUCAAGAACUAGAUAUGGACCCAUUGACGGAAGAUGAAAACACAGAUGACAGGCUACAAGGUGUAUUGUACACUUUUGGUGCAGUGGGGGGCCGACCAGUACACGCGUCUAACACGUCUCCAAGCGACCAUGUUUAUAUUCCGUUAAGACCUCCUAAAGAGUUCAUGACCCCUGGAUACCAAACAGAUGGCUACACCACUGACCAGGAGCCACCGUCUCGCACAUCUUUCAUUGACGAUAUGAGCAUGUCCAUGGGAGGGUUCACGUCUAACGCUUCGUGUUCAGAUAUUUCAGGUUUAUGUGAGAUUGAGGACAGCGAGGUCAACGGUAGUGACACCGAUGAUGAAAACACACCUUUAAACAGGGAGCAUCUACAAACACAGACGCAGGUCUAAGAACAUGGUGUGCUGGAUGUAAAUAUUUAUUUCAUGGACUGUAAUUUAUCAUUGAAAUAGUGAUCAAGUUUUGUUUUUAGUCUACACAUUUAUCACAAUUUGCCAAAGUCAUAAUUUUUACUUUUAUAAUGAACAUAGUUUUGUUUUUUUUAAUUGUUGUUUUGUACUUUCAUUUCGACAAAUAGCAAAGAAAUUACAAACACAAAAGCUGGUUGUGUUUCUCUUAUAAGAAAGGUAUUUGAUUAUAUCUUAGUACAUGGAGAAGUUUUAAUUUGAUGCCAUUGAGUGCUAAUCACUGAUGUCAUUUACACGAAGCUGCUUGUUUUUAAUCAAGUUAUACAAAUCAAAAAGUAUGUAUAAUCAACAAUUUGGUCCUUAUCAACUUUUGUUCUGGACUAUAAAAUAAUCUGUCCCUGUUGUUUCUAUGUCUGUUAUUGCAAGGUUUUAAUAAUCAAAUGAAACUAAAAGACUUAAAAAGUAUGAAAUCUAAUUGUGUCGAAAACAAAAAGCAUCUAGUUUUAGUCUGUCAUACUAUGUUGAGGUCAUGUCUCUAUCCACCUGUUUCAAAGUUCAAUGACCAAAUCAUCCAUUUAUUGUCUCAACAUAAAGCCAUCAUGUAUUCACUCUGCAACAACCAACUUCAUUUGAGUUUUAUAAUCUAGACACAAAAGAAAAAAAAAAAAAAAUUUUACUCCAGAUUUGUCUUUUAACAAAAAAACAAAAAAAAAUAUUUGUAAAAUUUCUUUUGAUGUAUAAAUUUCUAUUGAUGUCUGUAUGUUUUGUGUGUCUGUCAUUGAGUCUGCUUUGUGUGAGUCUGGGUUUUAAAGUUGUAUUGAUUAAUUUCCCAUGUUUGUUUUUUAAUUGCUAUUAUCAUGUACUUCCAGUACAUACCAAUGUUUUUAUUGUGUUCUACAUAAGAAUAGAUCAUUCUAGAAUGUUCCACCACACUGAAACUAUGAAGAGAACUUUUCUUAGGAUUUGAUUGGUCACAACUGGUGUUGCUAGUUGAUUGGUCACACUUGUAUGUUGUGUAACUUGAGAAUCUCAUUGGAUAUAAUGUUGAGCCAUUGCUGCCCUGUUACUUCUGUUAGUCAUUAUUUAUAUAUAUCAGUGAUGUACUGUGUAGUUAGUUUCUUUUGUUGAAUACUCCAUCUUUUACAAGAAUCUGUCUUUAAAGAACAACAAAUUGGUGUUCCAUUUUGUGGUAUAAUAUAGUAUGUCACUUUGUACUUGGCUGGGUUUAUUUUCUAGGUUUACAGUGUGAAAGGCUUGUUUGUUUUCAAAAGUCUAUUUUCAUUUCCUCUUAAUUGUUUGUUGGUUUGUGUUGACCUACAUUUCAACUGGGUUGGAGGUUAGCACUGACCUACAUUUCAACUAGUAACAUAAAUAAAGCCUGUUGUGAAACUGAUCAAACUUUGUGAUAAUGCCUGCUCACCACUGACCCAUAUGUACAUGAGCCUGAUGGGUUUCAAAAUAAAUGUAUUCAAAUAAAUAAGUUAACUUGACAGAAAUUAUUCAUAUUAAAUAGACAAUCAAGUCUUCCAAGUCUGACUUUGAAACUAUUCUUAAGGAAGCUGUGCUGGCAUUGGCACUUUGGAAUUCUUAAGAACUGGGGUUUUGUUCAAUGGAUAUUUAAGUACAGGGGGAAAUCUAAUGUUGUGUCUACAGUGAAUUACUGCGUUGUGAUUGUCCCUCUACUACUAAAGAAUCCCUCAUCAUUCUCGUUGUGAUAUUAACUGACGACUCAAAUAGUUCAAUGCAAACAUUUAUUAAACAAAUGUACAAAAUAUUUCUAACACAAAAGUUAUUUCAUAUGAACCAUGUUUUGUUUAAGGUCCAAACCAAAUUGAUUGUAUUGACUUCAAAUCAUCACAAAAAGCAUUCUUCAAAAAUGGCAUUUGAGUGUGUAUGUAGAUAGAUGUAUAUUUGUAUUUCUGCAUUAAAAAAAAAUAAGCGGCAGAGGAUAAUCUAAUUGGUUGGAUGCUCGUCAAUGUUUGGAAAUGUCAAAAAGUUUGAUACCAGAAGAAUUCUGUAUUUCUAAUGAUAAAUUGGUUUCAUAUAAAUUGGUUUCGUAGUUGGCAGUGAUUGUGAAGCAUGGCCAAAUCUAAUAAAAUCCUUUCUUGCAUUUAGAAACUUGAAAAGUGCAGGUUGUAGUAGAAGUAUUGACAGAAAAUUCUCCAUGAAACCCAGAGAGGACUAGAGCCAUAGUUUUAAUCAAUAGAAACUUUUUGUUCAACACAUAGUACUUUUAAGUGGCUAUUAAAAUUGCUAGCUGACUGCUACACUGCAAUACAACGUGUCCAAGUGUCUAGCCAUGUUAAUUGUUAUAAUGACUGAUGUCAAACUGUGUUUACUAUUUUACUUAAAAAAAAAAUCAAUUCAAAAGCAUAUUGUGAAUUUGUAUGAUUGCCUUGAUACGACGGGUCAAUUUCACUAAGUAUUUUCAUUUUAACCAGAGCCUAAAAUUUAUCAAUAUUUUGUUUCAUUUUAUUUUUCAUGUGUGGACAGUUUUUAUAUUAUGUAAAGGAUUAAAAAAAAACAUUUCCAAUCUAUGAAUGUAAAUAAAGUAAAUAUUCUCUUUUUUUUGUGUAUGAUUCUGUUGAGAUUUUUCAACCACAUUUCAUUGAUUUAAUGUCUGCAAGCUGAGUCUAACAGGUUCAUGGGUGUUGUAUAAUACUGCACCAAAUUAUUGUAUGAAAUAAAAAAAAAAAUUGAUAGUCUACGAUUUUAUUGUUUUUGUUUGAAUUUCAUUCUUUUCAGAUGUAGAUGUAUACUAUGUAGAGUUGGAUACAAUCUUUUUGUUUCUAUAAAAGUUGUUUAACAGAAAUCAAAAUUGUACAUGCUGUAUUGAUUUUGUCUGCACUGUCACUGACCUAUGUGAGCACAAGCUGUUACUUUGAUGUUAAACAGACUAAUCCAAACCACAGUUUGUGGCUUUGCCUGCCAAUGUACUUCAUAUUGUGUUCUAACAUUGUUCAAUGAUUGCUUCAAUCUAAGGGUAAAUAUAUGAACAGAAUUUGUGUUUCUCUGUAUCAAAUAUUUUUAGUUGUACAAAAAAAAAUGUGAGCCUGAACUGUAUCAUCUUUUUAUUUUGAAUCACUUCUAUGUACAUUUUGAAAACCAUAAACUUGUUAGGAAAUUUUGUCUAGAAAGAAAGUGGGCAUGUAAGAAUUAAUGAAAUGCACCGUAUAGUGAGUUUUGUGAAUGCUGUUUUUAUUGUUCAGUUUGUCCUAUUGGAUUGACUCAUUCCCAAUGUGUAGGCUUAAUAAUCUAGUUUUGUAUGUAUAUUUUUUGUAAGAUUUUGUUUCCAAUGCCAAACUCUUUUGUAUGUCCAUUGAGUUUCAUUUGUUCGCUUUGUGUAAUGACAGAAACUUCCAAGAACAAGGUCACAGCUGAGGUCAGGAUAGUUUUAUUAGUACAAACUUUUGGCAACUAGAGAAACCAUGACCUUGACACCAAGUAUUUGCUGUGAACAUUUUCUUGUCUGAACUUCCAUCCUUAGUUCAUGAACAUGUUUCUGGAAUGUUCCACCACUGAUGACUCAUCCUUCUGUUCAAAGUGUCCCGCUGUGUGUUGAUGUCGUGUACACUUUAUCUAAUAAAUAUUUCUUACAAACUCAACAGAAAACAA